AGCCGACCUUUCACGAUGCAUUACUGCUCAGUUUACCCUCGCUGUUUUUUUUUUGUUUUUUGUCAAAGAUGAGGUUUUUGUGCCGGGUGAGCCGUGCGGGUUUCAACCCUGACUGUUGACGCCCCAUCCGCGGUCCGUUCUCGUUAAAAUGAAUCAUUGAACUGCAAUUGAGGGACUAAACUAUUUGGGAAGUUGGGUGUUUAAUUGGGAUGUAAGCAAUACGGAAAAGGGUUCGGGUUCUUCGACACGGAAAUGGAGAAAAGCUGGCCGGCCAAAGAUGGCCAUGCGGAUGCAGCAGCGGUGGUGCAGGUGAGGGGUGGAACACAGCCCUUAGUGCCGGAGGGUUCGGACGUGGGGUCACGCUUCCUGCAGGUGGAGCUGGAGCUGAACGUCCGGCUGAGGCAGCUGGCGUUCCCGGAGCCGGUCCAAUACACGUACAACCCCCUGGAGUACGCGUGGGACACGCACUGCAACUACGUCAGCACCUACUGCCAUGGCAACCAGAGCAUCCUGUUCCUCGGCAUGAAUCCAGGGCCCUUCGGAAUGGCACAGACGGGGGUCCCUUUUGGGGAAGUGAGCUCUGUCCGUGAUUGGCUGAAAAUCUCUGGGGAGGUGGGCCGUCCGCCUGAGGAGCACCCGAAGAGGCGAAUCAUGGGGCUGUCUUGCACACGGAGUGAAGUGAGCGGGGCUCGGUUCUGGGGGCUGUUCCGUAAGCUGUGUGGGGAGCCACACGUGUUCUUCAGACACUGCUUUGUGCACAACCUGUGUCCCCUGAUGUUUGUGAGCGGCAGUGGCAAAAACCUGACACCUCCCGAGCUGCCGGCCGCGGUGCGGGACGCCCUACUGGCCCGGUGUGAUGAUGCGCUAUGUCAGGUGGUGCAGGUGCUGGGUGUUGCCACGGUGAUCGGCGUGGGGAAGGUCGCCGAGCAGCGCGCCAGGCGGGCGCUAGCAGCCGCUGGCCUGCAGCUGUACUCCGUGGAAGGACUUAGAGGUUCCAUGCAUUGUUACUGCUUCCGCCAUGAGUUGGUGUUGAGUGUCCUGGCUGAGCCUUUACAUCCCGGAACAUCACGUCAACCUUAUUGGGAUCAGACCUUAACCGCGGUCAUUUCCAACAAAUCACAAAACAAGUCCCUCAGGGCCUAAGUUCUGUUUGGGUCUUCAGCAUGGAUCAGUCUACCUCACAGACACUUUGUAGACUCAGCGGAGCUGGUUAGCAGACAUGCGACGUUCGCUUUCAAAGAGUAGUUUCUCUGAUCUUACCUACAUGGAGAGGAAUUCCUCCCAAAAAAGGUGUUUAGGUUUUUUUUUUUUAUCCAUACAGUUCAAAAGGAAACUGCAUUGAAGCCGUAAAGAAUGAUUUAUACGUCUGUCUGCCCUUGUUGGCACCAUUCACAUUCACUCAUGCUUGUCCUGUCGAGAUGUUUAGCGUUAAAACGACCAUCCUUUUUGUGGUACCGGAACGUGAAUGGUGCUGUUAACCUUUGUUAUUUCUGAUCCUUGGCUUUGGCUCUCAAACGUCUAAGAACGGGAAAGAAAGGCGGGUUACCGUCUGAAUGUUGUGCUUCUUGUACCAGGAAAACAAGUGAGAAGGUAAUCAUUUUAUUUUUAGAAGUAAACAUUGGGUAUCAAUUCUUAUUGCACAAGGCAUAACAUGUAAAAAGGAACAACAGCAUAUUUGUGGUUUAAGAGAAAUCCAACAUGUGCUGUAGAUGGGAAAAAAAAACAUUGCAUAUAAAUUAGACCAAUUCAUCUCCAGCCAGGCAGGUAGGCAACACUAAAGAUAAAAGCACUGGACAGUAAAUAGCAUUAUAAUCCUUUGUUUUACAAGAAACAAAGCAAUUCGCAAUUGCAAAUAGAUGUUUCUGUUUUUGGCUCAGGUAUUUUUUUCUGUGGGUGAAUCUUCUACAUGGGGCAGAGCUGGUCCCCCUGGUUUUGUGUUGCGUGUCCAGGAAUUAGGCUCAGUCCCGAAUUCAGUGGUAAAUAUACAGCAUUUUGGGUUCCUUGAUAAAGGAUGCUGUAAUAAUGUGUGCUGUAUUUACAAUGGAUGCAUUAAAACAAUUUUACUAUAU